GUUUGUUAUAAUAUUAUUUGUUUUGGGCCCCCUGUGGCCCCUUAUUUAUCUUAUGGGCCCCCCGAGGAUAGGGCUCCUCGUUGUCUUAUGUUGUAGUUUUUCACUCGGUAGAUUUGAUUUUGUAGAGCUUUAUUGUACAAAAAACAACCGAAUUUUGAAGUAAACACCAUUUAUUACAUGGUGUCAGAAGUGGUUAACCACUGGAGAAUAUUAAUUGUUAAAGAAAAGUCGACAAAACAAGGAAACGAUGGCCGAAAGUGGGGAAAUGUAUCAUCGAGCUCCGGGACCUUUGGUGUUGGAUGCGAAUGCAUCAGAAAAUUGGAGAAAGUUCCUAAUGCAGUUCGAAAUUUACUUGGUUGCAAAAGGAAAGGACGACAAGGGAGAUAAGUUAAAAGUUAAUUUGUUACUUAACUGUGCUGGACCGAGUGCAAUUGAAGAGUAUAGCCACUUUGUGUAUACUGCAGGCGAGAGUAAUGAAUCUUAUGGUGAUGUGUGCCGAAAGUUCCAUGAACUUUGUCGAGCAGCUAAGAAUGUCAUUUAUGAGCGACUGCUCUUCAAUCUUAGAAACCAAAAGGAGGGUGAACGAAUUGACAACUUUGUUAGUGAGCUAAAACGGCUUUCAUUAAACUGUGACUUUGGAGCACUUAGAGAUUCAUUGAUACGAGACCGUAUUGUGGAGGGAGUAACCAGCGAUGAAUUGCGAGGGGAGUUGUUGAAAAAGCCAGACCUUACCCUACAAACCGCGCAUGAUUACUGCAGAACUUAUGAGGCGACUGAGCUGCAGAAGUAUAAGUUUGUUCCACAGACAGUAGUCCCAAGUAAAACAGUGUCUGUGCAACCAGUCCAAGUUAAGAAAGAACAGCCGUCUUGUAAGUUCUGUGGAUAUCGCCAUUCAUUUGCACACCCAACACGAUGCCCAGCCUUUAAAAGGAAUUGCAAGAUUUGUAGCAAAACAGGCCAUUUUGCAAAGAUGUGUAAAAACAAACAGAAAAAAGAUCCAGAAGUGCAUGUGGUGGAACAGGAGUAUGACUCAAGUGACAGCAACGAAACCCACACAUACUUUGGAUCCAUUGAAGUCGGAAGCGUGUUACAGAACCAGCAACCCAAAAAGAGCUUGAUAAAAGUCAUGAUAGCAGGAAAAGAGGUCAAACUGAAAGCAGACACGGGUGCGGAGGCUACUGUCAUCCCCUACAACUUGUACAAGAGCAUCACCAACAAGCCGUUGAAACGUGUACACCAGCCUUUGAAGGGCUGGCUUGCGACUAAGCCCAUCUACUCUAAAGGAUGUGUCCGCCUUCCAACACAGUACAAAGAUCGAAAGAUAGAUCUGUUAUAUCUUGUAGUUGAUGGAGAGUUCACCCCACUACUAAGUUGUGAGGCUUGCCUUGAUCUUGAAGUCCUACAGUUCAUGGAUCUCACAUUGCUAGAUUCACCAUCAGCACAAACAUCAAACAUCGACUUGUCCAGAGAACAAAGCAAAAGUACCACAACCCUCACAAGUGACCCUGUUCUGAAAGAUUACCUUGAUUGCUUCAGUAACAAACCAGGAAUGUUACCCAACAAAGUACACCUAGAGGUAGACUCUGCAGUAACUCCAGUUAUACACGCACCCAGAAAGAUCCCAGUAUCCAUGUUAGACCCAACUCAACAGAAGCUGAGAGAGAUGGAAGAAGAUGGGAUCAUUGUUAAAGAAGAAGAACAUACCCCUUGGGUCUCUUCGAUGUUAGUAAUCGAUAAACGAAAAGGCAAAGAAAAGAAAAGCCCACCAACCAAAGACAACAUCAGAAUAUGUAUAGACCCACGUGACCUCAAUAGAGCCCUCAAGAGACCCCAUUAUCCGAUGGCCACAGUGGAACAGGUUGCCAACAAACUCACCGGUGCUGAAAUAUUCUCAACGUUGGAUGCAUGCAGCGGUUUUUGGCAACUACCAGUAGACGAAGAAAGCUCGAAGCUCCUGACUUUCAAUACCCCCUGGGGUCGAUACAGAUUCCUGCGGCUCCCAUUCGGCAUAAGUUCCGCGCCCGAGAUUUACCAACGAGAGAUGGACCGACUCUUCGCAGGAGUACCAGUAGAAAUAAUCGUUGACGACUUUUUGAUACAUGGUGGAAAUCAAUGUGAGCUAGAUGACAAGAUGAUUGCAGUAUUGAAGAGGAGCCGUGAGAUAGGUCUAAAGUUAAAUCCACGUAAAACCAAACUUCGAGUUCCUGAAGUCAGCUACGUUGGACACCUAUUUACUGCAGACGGUUUAAAGCCUGAUCCUGAAAAGGUAAGAGCUAUCAACGAGAUGCCUGCCCCGACCGAUAAAGAUGGCAUACUACGUUUCCUAGGAACUGUAAACUAUCUGGAUAAAUUUAUUGAACAUAAAGCUGAUCUCCAGGGCCCUAUCUCGCAGCUAACAAGGAAUGAUACCGCAUUCGUAUGGGAGACACCUCAACAGCAUGCAUUUGACAAGCUCAAAGCAGUCAUUACCUCAGCGCCAGUUUUAGCCUAUUUUGACAACACCAAAGAGACAGUGCUUAAUGUUGAUGCAAGUGGCACGGGAUUAGGUGCUGUGAUUCUGCAGGACGAAAGACCUGUAGCAUUUGGCUCAAAAACACUAUCACCUGCUGAGACAAGGUAUGCCAACAUCGAGCGAGAGCUUCUGGCAAUUGUCUGGGGAACUGAAAAGUUCCAUACUUAUGUUUAUGGACGUCGUGUUGUAGUUGAAACCGACCACAAACCACUAGAAGCCAUCUUCAAAAAGCCCUUGAAUGAAGCACCACCGAGAUUGCAGAGGAUGUUGUUAAAGCUGACAAAGUAUGACCUUGAUGUUCGUUAUGUGCCAGGAAAGAAACAAUUCAUCUCAGAUUGCUUAAGCAGAGCCCCAGUUAGUGACACUAAACCAGUUAGUGAACCAGAAGAGAUGAUUGGAAUCAACUUAAUUGACAGUCUUGGUGUAGAUUCAAGCACUUUGCAAAAAUUCAAGGAAGCAUCAAACUGCGAUGUUACCUCUCAAGUGGUCAUGGAAUAUGUCGUUAAAGGUUGGCCAGCAGAAAAACAUCAACUUGAUGAGCUAGCGAGAGAAUACUGGAGUUUUAGAGAGGAACUUAGCGUAGAAGAUGGUUUGUUAUUCAAAGCAGACAGAAUCAUUGUCCCGAGAUCGUUGAGGGCAGAGGUGCUAGAAGAAAUUCAUGGCGCACACAUGGGUGAGAACAAAAGUCUCAGUUUUGCAAGAGAAUAUGUUUUCUGGCCCUCAAUGACUGCACAGAUCAAAGACAAGAUUAGUUCCUGCUCCAUAUGUAAUGCCUUCCGAAACCAACAGCCAAGAGAGACCCUACUACCACGUGAGGUUCCUGGAUUGCCUUGGCAAGUGAUCAGUACUGACAUCUUUGAAUAUGCCGGACAUUCCUAUUUGCUUGUUACCGAUUUGUAUUCAAAGUACUUUGAGAUUGAGUUGUUACGCCAAACCACUGCUAAUUGUGUUAUCAAUAACUUAAAGAAGAUUUUUGCAAGGUUUGGGAUCCCGGUGGAAGUUCUGAGCGACAAUGGCUCCCAGUACAGUAACACUAGAAACCUUUUUAAUAGUUCACAUGAGUUCAAAAAGUUUGCAGAUGAGUGGGGUUUCCGUCACACCACAAGCUCUCCAGAGUAUCCACAAUCAAAUGGAGCUGCCGAGAAAGCAGUUCAGACCGCAAAACGGAUUUUAAAGAAAGCGGCUGCUGACAACAAAGAUCCUUUUGAAGGAUUACUCAAAUACAGGAAUACACCCUUUGAUGACUUAGGUGUGUCUCCAGCUCAGCUGCUAAUGAGUAGGAGAACACGUACCCAACUACCGACUCAUCGACGUUUGCUACUGCCUCAGCCUGUUGACCCAAAUCAAGUUGUGAAGACAUUGAAACAUCGUCAGAGUGUUUCAAAAAAGUAUUAUGAUAGUCAUAGUCAUGAUCUCCCUCCUUUACAAGUUGGAGAUAAGGUGCGUAUCCGUCCAAACCGGGAGGCUGAGUGGAGGAAAGCAGAAGUAUUGCCCCGAUCGUACUUAUUAGGAGAUGAGCGUGGGCGUGUCUUCAGGAGAAAUCGACGAAAAAUCAUUUCAACACCUAAUGAUCAAUCGAUGAGCACAAGUCCUUUUGUUAUACCAGCCAUUCCUCAACUACCACCAGAAAGUACCAACAACCCCACACAGUUAAGCAAUAAUGUGACAGCAUCGCCUACACCACCAAAGUCUUCUGAGAGGCAACACGAGACGACACCGAUGAGCACAGCAUCUGGCAGGGUUAUCAAAAAACCACAAAGACUUAUUGAACAUUGUUAAGAACAUUUAUUGAACACUUAACCUAACACUUUGUUGAGAAGGGAGAUGUUAUAAUAUUAUUUGUUUUGGGCCCCCUGUGGCCCCUUAUUUAUCUUAUGGGCCCCCCGAGGAUAGGGCUCCUCGUUGUCUUAUGUUGUAGUUUUUCACUCGGUAGAUUUGAUUUUGUAGAGCUUUAUUGUACAAAAAACAACCGAAUUUUGAAGUAAACACCAUUUAUUACAAGUUCCUCUUACAAACAAUGGGUUUGAGUGCUGCAAACUCAGCAUAUGCUUGUCUUUGGUGCAAAGUUCACAAGAAAGACAGGUAAAAAUUGUUAAGAAUACUAGGUCUAAGUGACCUACAAUACAAGGUAAUUGUUUUGUAAUUUCCCCAGAGGUGACAUGAGCAAGGAUGAUGAGUAUUAUGAGAAGGACCCACUACGCAGGACCCUACAGGAUAUCAUCGAGUGUGGAAAAA